UGCCUCCUCUCUACUCCACAAACAGUCUGCUUGCUCCUGCCCUCCAACCUCACAGUCCCCGACCCCCCAGUCCCUGCCCAGUCCCCACAGCCACCAGCCACACAGAGGUGUCAUGGACCUACCUCCCUUUGACAUGUGGAAGGACUACUUUAACCUGAGCCGGGUGAUACUGACAAUAAUCCAGGGCCGCAGCCACAGACUGGAGGAUGGAGGCGCUGAGGCGUCUGCCCUCAGGAAGGAGAAGAGCGAGCUGGGGGUCUGCGGGAGCCUGGCCACCCUAUGCAACUUCUGCAAACACAACGGAGAGUCUCGUCACGUCUAUGCCUCGCACCAGCUGAAGACAUCCGAAGGUGUGGUGGUGUGCCCCAUCCUGAGGCACUACGUGUGUCCCCUGUGCGGGGCCACCGGGGACCAGGCUCACACGCUCAAGUACUGUCCACUAAACAGCAACCAGCAGUCUCUCUACCGUCGUGGUGGACGAAACUCCGCCGGACGCAAAGUCAAGCGUUAAGUAAGAUCCAUGAGGUCCCUGUCACCCACACUCCCAACCCCUCCUUACUUUGACCCUCCCCUCUGCUCACCCA